CUGAAACACUGAUCCUCCUCCCUCCUACCUUUGGCAAGACGCUCCAGCUACGCGAAAGAAUAAAGACAAAUAUCAUAUAUCCGCCAGUCAAUGGGGAGAUCCUUUCAAGUGGGAUUUUGGGUCCUAACCAAAGUGGUUUAGGGGCGCAUACCAAACAGAUGAACAGCCCUUUCUUUCAAUGAGGGCAGAAGUGAAAAAAAGGCAGCAAUGACAUUCGAUUGGCAACCGCGGCAGCCGUGCGCACAGCUACAAGGAGCACAGAAUAACUAUUGUGGGGACUGGUGAUUGAAAACACAACUGUUAGCCAGCGACCAAGCAGAGCGACAGAUGUAAUUUUCAUACGUUGCAGAUGGUUUAGGUCCAUGGGGCGCUGUAUGGAUUGUUUCAGCUACCAGUCCUUCAACAUCAGCCACAGCCACUAGCGAUUCCAAAUUACUUGGGAAUUCUGGACGGGCGGCUGUCAGCGGAGGAUAUCGCGGCAGGACUACGCGGGAGUGCCAUGUGUUUUGGAGCGGCAUAGAGGAGCUUUGUGGUCCGCUUUCCACCGGGGACAGGUGGUGUUGUGUGCAUUGGGGGGUAGUUGGGAUACAGACACACAACCCGCUAGACAGUUGUCUUAAGGAUGUCACGCCGGCGUAUGGGAACAGUUCUGGACAGAGACAGGUGCGACCAAAGGGAGUAGUUUACCAACGGAUUUGGUACCACAGUUGCGGAGAACCGAGAGAACACUACCUAUUCCCCCGAAACAGUCUGGAUUUUUGUCCAGGAGAAGCGGGACUGCACGGAGUGGUGAAUUUCAGAGACCUCUGCACCCGGCGCACCAUUUUCACGGCAGUUACUGGUUUUGCACUAUGUCGGCCUGCGCCCAGCAAGACAGCGAUAGAUAGAGGCCACGGAAACAGCUGUGUCAAGUCAAGUCUCUUUUGAAGAUAUCGUGUGUCCUGCGGCCAUGACACCCCUGGCCCCACCCGUGCCGCUGUUGCCCCUGCUGCUGUGCUGGUUCUUACAUGCGGCCACCACCGCCUUCCCCGAGGAGCCCGGACCCCUGAACUCCCUGCCCUCUGAAGUGGUACGACGGCAUCCAGUCUUUUUGGGUCGGGCCCAUCGCUCCUCGUUGAGGCAGGAGCCGCUGCACAUCCAGAGGAUCCUGAAGGUCAACAGGACGCUCUACAUCGGCGCCAGGGAUGACCUGUUCCGCGUGGAGCUGGACAACGUGGUGGGAGAUGAGAUGUUCUACAGCAAGAAGAGAACCUGGGAGUCUGCCAGAAAUGACAUUCGAGUAUGUAGGAUGAAGGGCAAGCAUGAGGACGAGUGUGGUAACUUCAUCAGGGUGCUGCUGAGUCGGCAGGAUGGCCUGUUUGUCUGCGGCACCAACGCCUUCAACCCGCUCUGCGCCAACUACACCGGCGACACCCUGGAGAUGGUGGGCGAUCCCUUCAGUGGCAUGGCACGGUGCCCGUACGACCCAAAACAUGCCAACGUAGCCCUCUUUGCAGAGGGGAAUCUGUUCACUGCCACGGUGACGGACUUCCUGGCCAUCGACGCGGUGAUUUACCGCAGCCUGGGGGACAGCCCGGCCCUGCGCACCGUCAAGCACGACUCCAAAUGGUUCCGAGAGCCCUACUUCAUCAGCGCGGUGGAAUGGGGAGCGCACAUCUAUUUCUUCUUUCGGGAGAUCGCCAUGGAGUUUAACUACCUGGAAAAGGUGAUGGUGUCUCGCGUGGCACGCGUGUGCAAGCGUGACCUGGGCGGCUCCCAGCGCGUUCUGGAGAAGCAGUGGACGUCGUUUGUGAAGGCGCGUCUCAACUGCUCGGUGCCGGGAGACUCACACUUCUACUUCAACAUGCUGCACUCCACCAGCCCCAUCAUCCGCAUGCACGGCCGAGACAUCAUCCUCGGGGUCUUCUCCACGCCCUCCAACAGUAUUCCUGGUUCGGCGGUGUGUGCCUUCGACAUGGAGCAGCUGGCCAGCGUGUUCGAGGGCAGGUUCAAGGAGCAGAAAUCCCCCGAGUCCAUCUGGACCCCCUUCCCGGAUGAACUCCUCCCCAAGCCCAGGCCUGGGGGCUGCGCUGGUCUCGGCGGCUCCAAGUACAACUCCUCCAACUCCUUCCCGGACGAGAUGCUGAACUUCGUCAAGACGCACCCCCUGAUGGACGAGGCCGUGCCCUCGCUGGGACAGAGGCCCUGGAUAGUCAGGACCAUGGUCAGGUACCAACUGAAUAAGAUAGUGGUGGACACGGAGGCAGGGCCCCAUCGGAACCGCACGGUUCUCUUCCUGGGUUCCAGCCGAGGAACCGCCCUGAAGUUCCUCAUCAUGCCCAAUUCCAACAACACGGUCACCAGUGGCAACAUCCUGCUGGAGGAGAUGGAGGGCUUCAACGCAGACAAGUGCGGCGAGGACACUCCUAUGGCGCGGCGGCUGCUGUCGAUGAUCCUGGACCGGCCGAGCCACACCCUGCUGCUGGCCUUCAACGCCUGCGUGGUGCGCGUGCCGGUGGCCCAGUGCCAGAUGUACUCACGCUGCAUGAAGAACUGCAUUGCGUCCAGGGACCCCUACUGUGGCUGGACCAGGGGCAGCACCUGCUCCUUCCUCAGGCCUGGAACCAGGAUACCAUUUGAGCAGGACAUCGAGCAGGGGAACACUUCCCACCUGGGGGAUUGUGACGGUCUUAUCCAGGAGAGCUUCAUAGAGGAGCCAGACGGUUUGGUGUCUCUGAACCUGCUGGUGGCGUCAGCGGUCUCGGCCUUCUCCACGGGCGCGGUGCUGUCAGGUCUGAUGGUCUGCUGGAUCAUGAGCCACAAGCACAGGCAGUGCCAGCGGCGGCCUGGCUCCGGCUCGGGCUCGGGCCGGCAGCGGAGCGGCAAAAGUGGCGGCGACAAGGAGGCGGGCAUGCAGGGCCGCAGUGGCUCGGUGAUGAGCGUGACGCGGGCCGGCGAGAGGCCGCGCUCCUCGCAGCUGGAGAACCCCUUCGCCGUGCACAACGGCCUGCCCACGCCCGAGCAGACGCCCCAGCAGCAGAAGAGGCCCUCGCCCAACAACGUGCACCUCCCCGAGCUGGACUACGAGCCGGGCCAGCCCGUGCUGACGGCCGUGGGCCCCCCCUACCCGCCCGGCAGCACAGCCGUCAUCUUCCAGAGACACAGGUACCCGUCUGGGGGCAGCAUUGGCGGCGGCAUCCGGGUACACGGCGUGGUCGACCCCGGCGACGUGGUGGGCCAGAGGGGUGUCGGCGGCGGCGAGCGCGAGUGCUUCCUCAUCCUCAGCCACCGGGACGCCCCGCCAUCCAGCCGGCAGCCGACGGUGACGCGCAACUCGGCGGGCGAGUACUACCCGACCACGCCCCAGGAGUCCCCGGACCGGCGGCGCGUGGUGUCGGCGCCCAGCCAGCAGCAGGUGGUGGAGUACUGCCCCGGGGAGUACGGGGAGGCGCCGCGCUGGCACCCGGACGGCCUCAACUACAACAGCAACAACACUGCCCCCGCAGGCCACCGACUGCACUACGCCCCACAGCAGCCGCAACAGCCCCAGCAGCAUCACAAUCAGCAUCAGCACCAACAGCAGCAGCAGCAGAUGACGACACAGUCACAGCGUCCAUCCUCCGCUGGCAUGAGGUCCCACCACCCCCACCACCACCCCCCGCGAGGGCUGGGCGAGCUGUCUGACUUCAGCCACCUUCUGGGGGGCAAUGGCGUGGGGGAGGGGCGCACCCCGAACGGCCAGUGAAGGAAGACAUCAGAGGCAGAGCUCUGGUGGUCUGUGACACUGCCCCAGAAUGAGCCCCUCGACAUCCCACCCUUCCCUACACGCAGAGGAAAACAACAACUCAUAUAUUGACAAAACACAUGCACUCACUGACUCCGCCACAAACUCCUUCCUGCCACCAAUCCUUCCUCAUGGCUCGUUCUGAAUCUCACUCCUCAACCUCCCACCUCUCCUUUAUCCACUGUCACUCCGUCCUUUAAAGCAAAUUCAAGACUCUCUGUGUCUCUCGUUUCGCCCCCCCCACAACCAACUCCUCCACCACCACCACCACCACCUUCUUGUCUCCCUCACUACGGAGCAUAGCAGACUCUGUUUGCGCGCUCGCCCCCGACCAAGACACUUCAGAUACAUCACACUUCAGUGACUCAGUGCAAGAGACUGGCCCCGACUCAGACAGCCAGACAGCGAGAUCAACACAGAGAUAUAAAAAAGGAAGAAAAAAAGGACGAGGGAAAAAAAGGAAGCGGGAAGGCGGGAAGGAGAGACGGAUGGAGGGAGGGAGGGAGAGAGAAAAACGAAGGGGGAAAAAGGCAACAUAAACGAGAGAUAGUGUGUAUGACGGACGGCCGGGCUGACCUAAAGCUGUCUCUGCCGUUCCUCGGGCUGGGCCAGUGACAUAAAGCAGCCUCGUGACAUGACACGAGGCAGAGCACAGACACGCUCCCAUGAAGACCUGCGGAGGAUCUUGGGAAGGGAGAGGCUCUGUAGGCUCUAUUAUAUCACACACACACACACACGCACGCACGCACGCACACACACACACACACACACACACACACACACACACACACACACACACACACACACACACACACACGCACACACACACGCACACACACACACACAGAGCCCUGAUGUACUGUACACAUGCAUUCACUGCGAACUGCUUUGAUGGGUGUGUUUAUCAGUCAGUUCCAGUUGCUGGAGUAAAAAAAGAUCUCCCGUUCUCUCUGUGUGCAUUCUGCUCUGUCCUGACACCACUGUGACGCGCCUCUUCAUCUCUCCUCCAAGUGUGCGUACUCAUGUAUGCCGCCAUUUUGGGGUUUUUUUUGGUGCCUGAAGACGAUGGCCAACCAGACACAUAACCCUGUGUUUUUUGACCUAGGCAGCCCCAGCCAGCCUCAUUAAUGUUCACUGUGUGCUCUUGCGUUGUUUGAGUAUACAGUACAGUAUGCUAGCUGUAAGACUUGCCCUCCAGCAGGGGCAUUCAUUCAUUCUCACCCAGGCUGGACAAGGCCCAGGCCCGGGACAAUACGCCCAGCAACCCUGUCUUAAUGUGAAGACAAAUAAGACACACACACACACACGCACUCACACACACACACACACACACACACACACACACACACACACACACACACACACACACACACACACACACACACACACACACACACACAGAGUCCCUCUCUCUCUGACACACACACUAUUACACACACACACACACACACUAAUACACGGUCAGACGAUCAAACACUGGAUAAUCUUAAAGAGAGUCAUUGCUUUUGAUGUCAGCUGACGACGCCAUGUGAGGAGGAGAGGAGGCGGUGGAGAGGCGUGUGGAAGAGAGGAGAGGAGAAGAGGAGGAGGCAGUGGAGAGAGGUGCAGAAGAGGAGGAGAAGAGGAGGAGGCGGUGGAGAGACGUGCAGAAGAGAGGAGGAGAGGAGAGGAGAGGAGCCACAGCCAUGUGACUGGAUGUGUGAUGCUGUGUGGCGCCGUGCAAUCAGAUGAUGGUUGUUAAACAGAGUCAUGGGGAGUGGAGAGGAGAGGAGAGAAGAGGGGAGGAGGAGAGGAGAGGAGAAGAGCAGUGCUG